CAUGCAUGUGAGCGUGUGAGGCAGCAGAGCCGCCUGUGUGUUUACAUAUCAGCCUAUCAGUGCUGCUGGAUUUAGCGCAUCUGUAGAGGACGAAGGCAUUUUGCGGAUGCCCCAAUUGACAAGGGAAUUUCAUUGCUACAUACGUCCACUAUUAGCUUUGAAAUCUGCACCCGUCUUGUUUGCUGCAUCUCUGUCUCCAUGCUUUUGGAGGCAUUUUGAAUUUCCUUGGCAACAUGGAGCUGCUUGAAUUAGAAUUCUCUGCAUGACAGUCCUGGUUCACAAUAGGAUGGUCUCUGCUGAGGCAGGGGGGCACAGCUACUUGGUGGCGUGCUGGCAGCCCAUCCUCGUCCUGAUGCUGGGAACCGUCCUGUCUGGUUCAACCACGGGCUGCCCUUCCCGAUGUGACUGCAAUGCCCAAGAGCGAUCGGUCGUAUGCCAUCGAAGACGAUUGGCUACUUUCCCCGAAGGCAUCCCCACUGAAACAAAGCUCCUAGACCUGAGCAAGAAUCGGCUAAAACUUCUGGGGCCAGAGGAAUUCAUCAACUACCCCCAACUGGAGGAGCUCCAGCUGAAUGAAAACAUUAUUUCGUCCAUCGACCCUGGAGCUUUUAGCAACCUCAUGAAUCUACGGAAUCUCGGGUUGCGAAACAACCAGCUGAACCUCAUUCAGCUUGGUGUGUUCACAGGCCUUAACAACCUAACCCAGCUGGAUAUUAGUGAGAACAAAAUUGUCAUUCUGCUGGACUACAUGUUUCAGGAGCUCUACAACUUGAGGGUACUGGAAGUGGGUGACAAUGACCUCGUUUUUAUCUCACCACGAUCGUUUCAUGGCCUCAGCAAUCUUGAAACCCUCAACAUUGAGGGUUACAAGCUGUCCUCGGUGCCCACUGAUGCCCUGAGCCAUCUGCACAACCUGCUGUCACUUCGAUUACGGUAUCUAAACGUCACUGCCAUUAGAGAUUACUCGUUUAAGCGGCUGUAUAGGCUGCGGGUACUAGAAAUAUCACAGAUGCCUUCCCUGGAUACCAUGACCCCGAAAUGCUUGUUUGGAAUCAACCUAACAUCUUUGGCAAUCACAAAUUGUAAUCUUACUGCCAUCCCUUACCAAGCUAUCAGUCACUUAAGAUAUUUACGCUUUCUAAACCUGUCUUUCAAUCCCAUUGUUACUGUUGAAGGGAACCAACUUCACAAUCUACAAAAGCUCCAGGCUUUUCAUUUAGCCGGUGGCAGAUUAAUUGUCAUUGAGCCUUACUCUUUUAGAGGACUAAAUCAUCUGCACAUUCUUAAUGUUUCUAGUAAUAGAUUAAGCACCUUGGAGGAAUCCGUCUUCCAUUCAGUGGGUAAUUUGGAAACCCUGGCUUUGCAUGACAACCCUUUGGCCUGCGACUGUCGCUUGCUUUGGGUUUUCCGCCGGCGGUGGAGGUUAAACUUUAAUAGACAGCAGCCCAUCUGUGCGUCACCUGGUAUGGUGCAGCGAAGGGAGUUUAAGGACUUCCCAGAUAUUCUACCUUCUGAUUAUUUCAUCUGCCAGAAAUCUAAGAUUGUGGAUAACAAGAUUCAAGAGAGUCAUGUGGAUGAAGGGACUACGGUCAGUUUUACUUGCCAAGCUGAGGGUGAGCCAGUUCCGGUCAUCAUGUGGCUUUCUCCGAAGAAAGAAUACAUCACCACCAAAACUUGGGGGUCAAGACUUUCGGUGUCUGAUGAUGGCAGACUUGAGGUUCGGUAUGCCCAGAUCCAAGACAACGGGACCUACUUGUGCAUUGCAAGUAAUGCAGCAGGCAAUGACACCAAAGUUGCUCAUCUUUUUGUUCAUAGCUACUCUCCUAAUUGGCCUCAUCAACCAAACAAGACAUUUGCCUUUAUUUCCAACCAACCCAGCGAUGAAGGUGCGAAUGUGACCCGUACCACAGUUCCAUUUCCAUUUGAUGUAAAGACGCUCAUCAUUGCGACCACGAUGGGGUUCAUCUCGUUCCUUGGCGUUGUACUUUUUUGUCUUGUAAUACUAUUUCUCUGGAGCCGAGGGAAAGACAACACCAAACCAAGUAUAGAGGUUGAGUAUGUGCCACGCAAAGAAGAUGCAGAGGAGGCUAGUCCACCGGAGACACCCGUACAAUUCAAUAUGAAAAUCAUGUGAACCAUAAAAAUACCAUAGACUUAUGAACUCCAGUUGCGAUACACACUAUCUUUGCUUCAAAUGUGUACUUGAGCAAUCGCAAUUACACAGUUGCAAAAGCAUCUUGUCCAUAUGUACUUUUCUCUCUUUUUUUACAAAAAGCCUUUAAGAGAAAACAUUGCAUAAAUGUAAACAUUGUACUGGCAAGACUCUAGUCUGUUAACAUGCACACAUACCGACCGCUAAAUUGAAUGACUGCUUCCGAGCAAAUUACAGUAGUUGGCAAUAAGAAACACAAUUGAUGCAAGUCUCCACACAAAUUAAAGAAAUGAAUACUGUCAGAUUACAUCCAGACAAAAUGUCAUCGGUGAUAUAGGAAUGCUGUUUUUAUUAGCACAAACUUAGCGAAGACUCAUUCAGAUUUAUAAAACACAAAGUACCGACUAAACUCCAUUGUUGUAUGCUUAAAUAUUCCUCCUAUCCCAUGGCAAGUAGCAAUGACUGCAACACCAUAGAUUUAUUAUUUCAUUAAACUAGUAUAUUGCAUUUAUAAAUUCUUAAUUUCAGUUUAAGGCCAUGGGAUUUUAAAGAUUGGAUGUAAUAUUUCAAAUAUGUCAUUUUAUGUCAGAUUGAAGAAAUACACAUCUUUUCAUACUUUUGUUGACAGGGCCAUACGUAUCACUCAGCUUUGGCUGUCCAACAACCAAGUGUUUUUGUUUACUAAUGUGUCUUGACUUUUGAACAGGUAACUGAAGAUGAAUCUGGAGACAAGCUAGAUGUUUGAUUGUUAAUUAAUAGUGAUAGGUGUGACGUUUAGUCUAUUUUCAUGGGAAAGGAAGAUAGGGAGACAUGCAAUUGUCAUUUUUCUUAAUCUGGUUACAUUACGCUGUAAUAAAAAGGUGUGCAUGUUAACACACUAAAAAGAACAAAAAGUUAUUAUGUGAUCUUUUCUGACAACAAAAAAAUAGGUAUUUUGACAUGUUCUGAAUGUUGAAUGUUUUUUGCCCCCCCCCCCCUAAAUAUUUUUUUCUUAUUUGCAUUGCUAAACAUGGAUGGGAUUUAAGCAAAUUAUAUAACUUCAAGAGAAAAUUAUGUAUUCAAGAAAUACAUUUGCUGUACCCUUUUCAAAAGAGAAAGCAAGUAUAUUGUUUAUUGAGUAUGUAAGAGUUGUUCAAAAUGCCGCAAUUGAGUAGUAAAAUAUAUAUAUAUAUAUAACCCAGUUGAAAGAAUUAUUAUUUUGUAAUAUAGUUAUAUUGGAAAUAAUAGCUGUGUUUUUCAAAAAGUGAGUAAAUCUUGAAUCCUUACAGUUGCAAUUAUUUUCAAAUGCCAAAACAUCGAGAA